AUGGAUAAUUUUUUGAAACCCUUAUAUAAUGUGAAAAUUAGAAAAAAUGUAUGCAUAAAAUAUUUACGAUUUUUAUAUUAUUUAAAGAAAAUAAAAUUUAGAAAAGAAUGGAAUAGAUACUAUAGUUGUGUUUUUCAAAUGUCUGAUGGUUAUAUGAGUAUAAAUGAGCUAGUUUAUAAAAAAUUGGGUACAUCUAUAAAUAUAAAAAAAAUAAAUAAUAAUAAUAAUGAUAAUAAUAAUAAUAAUAAUAGUAAUAAUAAUAAUAAUGAUAAUAAUAGUGAGAUACUUUUUAAUUGUUUUAUAAAUUUUCUUUUAAGAAAAUCUUUAAAAAUUGCCUCGUUCGAUUUUGAUGGUACCUUAAUAAAUAAACAUUUUUCUAAUAACCAUAAGAAUAAUAUAAUAUUUGAUAAAGAAAGAAUACCCAUAUUAAAUUCUUUAAAAAAAAAGAAAUAUGAAAUUGUUGUUUUUUCUAAUCAGACAUGUGUAUCUUCAUGUGUCCAAAAUUAUGAACAUUUGUGUUCUCAUAAGUUACCCAAUUUUUUUUUAAAAAUUAAAAACUUUCAAAAUUCUCUCAAUUAUUUUUAUAAGCACUUUAUUAUAACUACACAGGGUGAGCACGAUAAAAAGGGAAAAAAUAUAAUUAAUAAUGAUAAUAUUAAUAAUAAUGAUAAUAUUAAUAAUAAUGAUAAUAUUAUUAAUAAUGAUAAUAUUAAUAAUAAUGAUAAUAUUAAUAAUAAUGAUAAUAUUAUUAAUAAUGAUAAUAUUAAUAAUAAUGAUAAUAUUAAUAAUAAUGAUAAUAUUAAUAAUAAUGAUAAUAUUAAUAAUAAUGAUAAUAUUAAUAAUAAUGAUAAUAUUAUUAGUAAUAAUAAUAUUAUUAGUAAUAAUAAUAAUAUUAAUUAUUAUUAUAAAAUAAUGUGUAACAACAUGGAAGAUAUAAUAGUUAACAAAACCAAAAAUAAUACAUACGACAAAAUCAAUCAAAGGAAAACAUGUUUUAAUAUAGCAUUAUAUUAUUGUUUCUUAAAAUUAUUAAAUAAGAAAUUACAAAAUAGUUAUAAUAACACAUAUUUGAUUAAUAAAUAUAAUAUUAUACAUAUGAUACCCUCCAAAUUUUUGUUAAUAACAAAAAAGAGGAGGAAUGAUUUAUUUUAUAAAAAACUCAAGAAUAGAAUUGUAAAAUUAAAAAACAAGAAUAUGUAUAAACUAUUUUGUUUAUAUUAUAAUAAAAAUAAUAAGAAAUAUAUCCAUUACAAUAAUUACUUGAAGAAAUACAACAUUUUGAAAUAUUUACAAUUUGAAAAAAAAAUAUUUUUUUACUCAUAUAAAAAAAAACAGAAAUCAUAUAUUUUAAAUUACAUUAAUUAUUUUUUUUCAUUUGGUAAAUAUGGCAUAGAAGAUAUAGACAUAUUUACUAAACCUAGUGAGGGUCAAUUUUGUUUGUAUAUUUGUUUAGAAUUUAUAAAAUAUUUAAUUAUAUUAAAUUUAUAUUUUAAUAAAUAUUUGGAAUUGUUGAAAAAGAAGAAAAGACUUAUUAUGGAUAAUGAAAGCUUGUAUAUACUUUUAACUCUGAAUAAAGAUAUUUUUUCCUUAGAUAAAGUUAGUGAAUUAAUCCAUAUGGUCUUAUAUAAAAAAUAUAAUAAAAAUAAACAAGACACGUGUAGUGAUAAUAUAAAUGAGCAUACGUUUAAUGUGAAUAAAUUAUGUUUACAAAUUUUUGAUAUCUAUAUCAAUUCAUUAUUACAAAAAAAAAAAAUGAAUCUAAGAUUAAUGAAUUCGUUAAAAUUACAAGAAUCAAAACACCUUUUAUUCUUUAUUAAUUUCUUUUUAAAUGAUCAAGAGCAAAACAGUUGGAACAAUAAUUUUUCCAACUCAGAAAUGGAAAAAUUAAUAUAUGAACAAAAAAAAAAGAAAAUUAGAAAAAUUAAAAAUGAACAAGAUGGUGAUGAAGAAGAAGAAAAAGAAGAAGAUAUAUUUUUAAAAUUAUUAAAUAAUUCGGAUCACUUUGUUACAUAUAUCAUAAUAAAUUUAAUGUAUAAAAAUAAAAUUAUAAAAAAUGUCGCUAAAAAAAUUUCGCAAGUAUUUAUUAAUAAUCAAGAGAGUUUUUAUGUGGGGGAUAAUAUUGGUCGGCCCUUUGACAAAUCUGACAUUGAUAAGAAGUAUGCAAAUAAUAUUGGAGUAAGAAUUUUUGGUGAUGAUUAUUUUAGAAAUUAUUAUGAAUAA